AGCUGAGACACAAGGGGAGUUUGUUAAAGUCAGAAAGAGAGCUUUAGAGAGACUGACAACUGAAGUGAUGCAAAUGCAUGACAUUUUGCCCAAAAUAUUGAAUGGGGAUGUCUUAGAGAGCUUUCAGAAAUUGGAUGCUGUUGAAACAAUUGUAGAAAAGAAAGAUCAUGAACUUGAGCAACUGAGAAUUGAUUGUGAACACUAUAAAGCUCGCUUGGAAGCAGCCCAAGCAGAUUGUAUGAGAGAAAGAAAGGAAAAAUUAACUGUUCGACAGCAGUUGAAAGAAGCAAAGCAACAGUUAUUGCAACAAGCUGAAUACUGUACAGAAAUGGGUGCUGCAGUAUGCACAUUAUUAUGGAGUGUCUCCAGCAAUGAAGAAGCAGUUAAAAGUAUCCUAGGAAGUAGUAAAGCUGUAAAGUUCUUUAGUAUUGCUGGACAAACGAUGGAGAGUUUUGUGCGAUCUUUAAGUGAAGAUACUAAACAACAGGAUAUGGAUUCUGAUGAAAGUCAGUUUGUGUUAGGUUUGGCAGGGAUCAUUACAAAUGUUGCUGCUUUAGCAUGUGGUCGUGAAUUCCUGAUUAAUUCAAAUCAGGCAUUGUUGGACACCAUGAUGCAACUUCUGGGAGACGUGAAGCCAGGAUGCUGCACCAAACUGAAAGUGCUGAUGCUGAUGUCCUUAUACAACGUUAGUAUCAAUGUGAAAGGCUUGAAUUACAUCAGUGAAAGCACAGGGUUCUUCCCCUUACUCUGGUGGCUUCUCAAUGAUCCGGAUCCAGAAGUAUGUCUUCAUGUUCUGCGGCUUCUCCAGUCUGUGAUUUUGGAGCCGGAGAUUUUAACCAAGUCAGCUCCUGAAAUGCGUGACUCCUUGCCAUUUCCACGUAUCCUUAUGCUAUCAAAGAGUCGCAAUGCAGAUCUGCAAAGCUUGGCCCAAGAACUGCUUGAGGACCUCAAAGUAUUAGAGUGUGAAAUGUAAGGUUGUGUGCUGUGACAUUGUUGUUAACUUUUGAAGUGUUUUUUCAGUGCUGCAGCAAUUUGCAAAAUGCUAUACAUGCAUUCCAAAUAAACUCCAAAAGUAGUGUUUGUAAUUAGGGGUAUGUAUGUGGCCAGUGUUCGAGCACAGAGGAAGUCAUCAUAGCCACAAAUAGCACACAUCAGGAUUUUCAGGCUAGCCACAUACCAGACUGUCGUAAUAAUGUUUAUGCAAAGUCUAAUAUCUGAAAGCUUUGCAAAGGGUAAGUAAAAAAAAAAAAAGGUAAUAAAUACUUAUAAUAGAUUUUUUUCUGUUCUGCUCUGUAUGUGCUUAGAUUAAAAUUUUAGUAAAUGAGGAAGAGCACCAACGAUUUUAAAUUAUUUUUCAUCCAAUUUUCGGAAUCUGAACGGUUCCCCCUCCUGUUUGGAUUCCCCAGCACCCCCUGGGUAUACUGGAGGGUGGGACAGGGAAGAGGAAUACAGCUGCCUGCACUAACUGGGCCCUGCUUGACAUGCAUUUUUUCCU